AUGCCUCAGACCCUCAAGCUGGCCAGCAGGGCUUCCCUGCUCACCCGGGGCUUCCCAGAGAUCUGCGCUGAGCUCGGCUGCAAGGCACCAGCCAGGGUGAUCAAGACCCACAAGACCCUGGAGGACAUGCCAGGACCCAACGCUCUGGGCUUCUUCACAGAUCUCUUCUGCAAAAAAGGGCUGGCCAGGCUGCAUGAGCUACAGAUCGAAGGCAAAGCCAAAUAUGGGCCGGUGUGGAAAGCCAGCUUUGGGCCGAUCCUGACCGUCCACGUCGCGGAGCCCAGCCUGAUCGAACAGGUGCUGAGGCAAGAGGGCAAGCACCCCAUCCGCUCCGACCUGUCCUCCUGGAAAGACUACCGGGUGUGCCGCGGCCAUGCGUACGGGCUGCUCACGGCAGAAGGCGAGGAGUGGCAGAAGAUCCGCAGCAUCCUGGGCAAACACAUGCUGAAGCCCAAGGAGGUGGAGUCGUACACGGGGACCCUGAACAGCGUGGUCAGCGACCUCAUCCGCCGGCUGCAGCACCAGCGGAGUUGCCACCAGCAGCACGUGGUCAAGGACGUGGCAGGCGAAUUCUACAAAUUUGGCCUGGAAGGCAUCUCCUCGGUGCUCUUCGACUCCCGCAUCGGCUGCCUGGAGCCUGAGGUGCCCAAGGAGACGGAGACCUUCAUCCGCUCCAUCAACCGCAUGUUCGUCAUGACCCUGCUCACCAUGGCCAUGCCCAAGUUCCUCCACCACAUCUUCCCCAAGCCCUGGAAGAUCUUCUGCGAGUCCUGGGACUACAUGUUUGCUUUUGCCAAGGGCCACAUCGACAAGCGAAUGAGUGAAGUGGCAGAGAAAGUCUCACGGGGGGAAACGGUGGAAGGCAAAUACCUCACUUACUACCUCGCCCAGGAGAAGCUCUCCAUGAAAUCCAUCUACAGCAACGUGACCGAGCUGCUGCUGGCCGGGGUGGAUACGAUCUCCAGCACCCUGUCCUGGAGCCUGUAUGAGCUGUCCCGUCACCCUCAGGUGCAGGCGGCGCUGCACGAGGAGAUCACCGGGGUCAUGAAAGGCGGCGCCAUCCCAUCGGCCACAGACGUGGCCCAGAUGCCACUGCUGAAGGCAGUGAUGAAGGAAGCGCUGAGGUUGUACCCGGUGAUCCCCGGCAAUGCCCGUGUCAUCUCAGACCGAGACAUCCAAGUGGGAGAAUAUAUCAUUCCCAGGAAGACCUUGAUCACACUGUGCCACUACGCCACCUCCCGGGACGCCCGCUUCUUCCCCGAGCCCGACUCCUUCAAGCCAGAGCGCUGGCUGCAGAAGGACGCCUCACACCACCCCUACGCCUCCAUCCCCUUCGGCGUCGGCAAGCGCAGCUGCAUCGGGAGGCGCAUCGCGGAGCUGGAGGUGCACUUGGCACUGGCCCGGAUCCUGAUGCAGUUUGAGGUGAAGCCAGAGCCAGAGGGGGGCCAGGUCAGGCCCAUGACCCGCACCCUCCUGGUGCCCGAAAAGGACAUCAACCUGCAGUUUAUGAGCCGCUAA